AUGCUACUAAAAGUUUGUUGCCAACCGCCAAUAAAAAAAAAAAACAAGAAGAAGAAAAAGUCUCCACCUCCACUCAUUCGGUGCCUCUCCCUGGUUUCGGUUCUGUCAAAGUGUUUCUUGGUCCAAGGAAGAAAACAUUUGCGUCAGCGACGCCACGUUGGUGGCGGAGAAACGUCGCAUGGAACUAAACUGAGGUUCGGACGGGUGGAUCGAACCAACAAGGACAUGGGUCCUUUGCUGACUGGGUCACUUUGGGCGCUGCUGUCAGCCGUCUUCGUCCAGUUUGUCUCUGCAGACCAGAGAAACAUCAUAGCUGAAGCUGGACAGAACAUCAUUCUGCCAUGUAGAGCUGAUACCAGCUGGACCAUCAUACUUGUAGAGUGGAUCAGAACUGAUCUGAGAGAAGGAGAAUAUGUUUUUCGCUACAGAAAUAAAGUGAUUGAUUCAGAAAACCAGCAUCCAUCUUUUAGGAACCGGCUGGUUCUGCAGGACAAUGAGAUGAAGGAUGGAGACUUGUCUUUGGUUCUGAAGAACACGAUGACUGAUGACAGAGGAACAUACAAGUGUCAAUUUGCGACUGAAACACAUCGUGAGAAGAAACUCCUCAGCAGCGUUUACCUGGAUGUAGUUCCUCCUCCUCCAGAACCGUUUCCAUCCUGGGCCAUAGCUCUCCUGGUUCUCCUGGUUCUGGUUCUAAUUGUUGCUGCUGGUCUUUUAUAUCAUUUUCGGCACUAUUUCAUGUCAGUCCAACAGGUGGAGGUGGAUUCAGGGGUGGAGUCGGUCCUGCUGCCCUGCAGAACCACAGUUCGCCUGCCUGGAGAUGCUACAGUGGAGUGGAAGGACAGUAGAAACAGGAAGGUCCAUGUGUAUGAGAACGGUUCUGAUCAGCCUAAAGAACAGCACCAGUUCUACAGAACCAGAACCAAGAUGAAUAAAUACCUGCUGGUAACUAAAGACCUCAGUCUGACUCUGAAACAUCCCACAGAUGAAGACAGUAACAUCUACACCUGCAUCGUCUCCAGCAGGGAGGGAAACAUCCUGAUGAAGAAUAGAGUUCAUCUCCAGGUCAAAGUCCAACAGGUGGAGGUGGAUUCAGGGGUGGAGUCGGUCCUGCUGCCCUGCAGAACCACAGUUCACCUGCCUGAAGAUGCUACAGUGGAGUGGUGGGAUUGUGAUGGUGAUAAAGUGCAUGUGUAUGAGAACGGUUCUGAUCAUUCUGAACAACAGAACCAGUUCUACAGAACCAGAACCAAGAUGAAUGAAGACCUGCUGGUAACUAAAGACCUCAGUCUGACUCUGAAACAUCCCACAGAUGAAGACAGUAACAUCUACACCUGCAUCGUCUCCAGCAGGGAGGGAAACAUCCUGAUGAAGAAUAGAGUUCAUUUCCAGGUCAAAGUCCAACAGGUGGAGGUGGAUUCAGGGGUGGAGUCGGUCCUGCUGCCCUGCAGAACCACAGUUCACCUGCCUGAAGAUGCUACAGUGGAGUGGAGGGACAGAUACAACAGGAAGGUCCAUGUGUAUGAGAACGGUUCUGAUCAUCCUGAAGAACAGGACCAGUUCUACAGAACCAGAACCAAGAUGAAUGAAGACCUGCUGAGAACUGGAGACCUCAGUCUGACUCUGAAACAUCCCACAGAUGGAAACAGCGACAUCUACACCUGCAUCGUCUCCAGCAGGGAGGGAAACAUCUUGAUGAAGAAACAAGUUGAUCUCCAGGUCAAAGUCCAACAGGUGGAGGUGGAUUCAGGGGUGGAGUCAGUCCUGCUGCCCUGCAGAACCACAGUUCACCUGCCUAAAGAUGCUACAGUGGAGUGGAGGGACAGAUACAACAUUAAGGUGCAUGUGUAUGAGAACGGUUCUGAUCAUCCUGAAGAACAGAACCAGUUCUACAGAACCAGAACCAAGAUGAAUGAAGACCUGCUGAGAACUAAAGACCUCAGUCUGACUCUGAAACAUCCCACAGAUGAAGACAGUGACAUUUACACCUGCAUCGUCUCCAGCAGGGAGGGAAACAUCCUGUUGAAGAAACAAGUUGAUCUCCAGGUCAAAGUCUGUCAGGUGGAGGUGGAGGAGGGGGCGGAGUCUGUCCUGCUGCCGUUCAGAACAACACCUGAGCUGCCAGAAGAUGCUAAAGUGGAGUGGAUGGAAAUCAGAGACAGGAGGGUCCAUGUGUAUAAGAAUGGUUCUGAUCAGCUUGACAAACAGGACCAGUUCUACAGAAACAGAACCAAGAUGAAUGAAGAACUGCUGAAAACUGGAGACCUCAGUCUGGUUCUGAGACGUCCCACAGAUGGAGACAGUGGAGAGUACAGAUGUAGAGUCUCCAGCGAGAACAUCUGGAGACGGAAAACAGUUCAUCUCAUAGUCAAAGCAGCAACAGUUCCGGUCCAGAACCAACCAGAGGACAUCAGGACCAGAAGCAGCUCCACUGAUCCGACUCCUCUGAUGGCUGAACAUCAAGUCUGAUCAGUUUGUUGAUCCAUCUUUGAUUACUGAUCCAAUCUGACUUUGGAUCAGAGAGAAGAUCUCAGUGAAGGUUCUGAUGGAUCAUCAGAGGAACCUUGAUCCAGUCUGCAGACUCUAUUGAUCAGUAUUGAUUAUAGAGAACUUGAAGCCUUUUCAGGUAGAAGAAUCGGACUCAACCUGGGUGUAAAUAAGUCAGGUGGAUGUUUUUAGUUAAAGAUCAGAACCAGUUUAGGUUCUAAGAGGUCCAAUCCAGCAGUUGUUCUCAAAUUGAAUGUAUGAAGGUAACUGGAUCAUUUCUGCUGCCUGUGUCUGAGCUGGAGAACCAUUUUAUGAGGACUGGUUGUGGUUUUAAAUGGACCAGUGAGUACUGGUGUCUUUCUGGAGAUGAUUGUGAAGACUUUGAUGGAGUCGGUCAGAGAAAUAAUUCCCUGCUGAUCCUGUGAGGUCUUCUCCUUAAACACCUCCACACAGUCUGGUUCUGGUGUUCUGGUGGUUCUGGUAAAUGCACGUUGCAGCGUUUCUCUGCUCGGAUCAGAACCUGGAGGGAAACUGAUGAAGUCAUUAAUAAAGUCCAGUGAGACGUCCUGGAUCAGUGUUCUGGUUCCCGACAGGUCCGAUGCUUUGACUUUCUGCAGAACCUGAACCUCAUCCAUGGAUUGGGUUUAGAUCAGCUGUGGAGCUACGCUCACUGGCCACUUUAUUAGGGACCCCUGUUGAUUGGCUCGUUAACACAGUGAAGUGAAAUGAAUUAUGAUAGAAAUGAAGAACCACCCAGAACCCUCUGUCCAGAUGUUCUUCUGACAUCAUCAUUGAUCUCAAGGCCGUCCCUGGCAAGGCACAUUCAUCCUAGGCAGCUUUCGAUGAGCUCAUUUCAUCUUCAGUGUCAACUACCAUGAGUCCAUCUACAACCUCCAUACGUUCAUCCAAACCACAGUUUUCAACAUUGAUGUGGGAAGAAAAGUCCCAGAGUCUGGGAGCUAAGAGCUAAACUGAGUUUAAACUCUAGAAGAGAAACUAUUUAUUACAUUUAAACAAGGCAUGGCUGCCUGGUUAGGAUUUACAUCUAAAACCAACCUGUAGAAACAUCUCAUUAACAGUCUAGUUGGAAGCUUGGAGCAGGUUUGGUUCUGGUGGUUCUGCUCAGAUAUUUGUUUUCCUGUUUAUUUGGGAGCGGCAGGUCAUACUUGGGAUCUGACUGACCUUUGACCUUUCUAUCCAGCUUACAGCUGAGUCUCCUAGAAACAUCAGACCAGCUGUGGAGAUGAUGGGGUGACAUUAAUUAUGCAUCAUUAAUAAAUAUUAAUAAUUAUGCAGAUUUUUAUGUUUUUGGGAAAUAAAAAUCCUUCUUCAGACUCAUUAAUAUUUACUGAGUCUGAUUUAAUUAUUAAUGUUUUACUAUAGUUUAUCAACACUACAGGCUGAGGUCAGUAUUAAGUUCCAGUGGUACCAAAGUGGGUCCAACAGGCCCGGGUCAGAGCUUCAUGUCUGAUGUUCUGAUUAAACUAGAAUUUUAUUGUUUGGAUCUAUGAGUAAAAACCUAAAUAUUUAAAUCAGAGUAAAACUGGGAACUCUUUAUGACCUUAAAUCAACUUUAGAUCUUCUCCAGGUUGGUCGAUUGAUCAGAGGUAAAACCCACUGAUGGCUGAGCUGGGACCCAUCAGGUAGCUCUAUUUGUUAUAAAUAUACAAACACUGAAUUUAUUUUAAUUAAUCAACAUAACCUGCAGUUUAUGACAUUUUGUUGGUUUGUUCAUUCAAAGCAUUUCUAGAUAAAACAUUAAAACAAGCUAAAGCUAACUGCUUUGGUUUAACACUGA